CACACACUCACACACACUUAUAAAUACAUACACACAUUGCUGUUUUCCCGUUACUUCCACACACAGUAAGUAACAGGAGCAUCGCAACAGAAUGAACACAGCACCCCCUGCAGGAAGUGCUUUAUCAGCUCCAGCGAGUGGAGUCGGCCCAACAACGCCAAAAAAGGGCCCACCCAAAUUUAAACAGAGACAAACACGCACAUUUAAGAGUAAGGCACCUAAACCUGGCCAGAAAGGUUUUGGUGAUGACAUUCCAGGAAUGGAGGGCCUUGGCACAGAUUUCACAGUUGUGUGUCCCUGGGAGGCCUUCGGUGACAUGGAGCUCAGCGAUCUUGCCAAAUAUGGCAUUAUUUAAAUCCUGCCUCUUACCUUCUGCCUUUGACUCCACUCCUUCUGAAGAGACAAAUUCAUCUCAUAAAAGAGUCUAUUGUUGAUGUAUACAUAUGAAUAUAUCAGAAUUUUUAUUUGAUAUUAUUAUUAUUAUUAUUAUUGUUAUUAUUAUUAUUAUUAUUAUUAUUCCCCACUCUGCCCCUCUGCCACACCCACCUGCCCCUUCAGCAUCACCAUAAUAAUGAAUGUUAAUAGCAGUAGUUCUGUCAUCCUGCAUGUGGAUGUGAUAUAAAUACUGUAGUGAGAAUAUUCUUUUAUCUCC